AUGGAUUUCUGUAAGCAGCCUAAUGAAAGGUCCACUGCCUGCAACAGUUCUGCUGGGCGCCUCUUCAUCUCCAUUCCUAAAGAACACCACUCCUCCUUCACUGACAGCCAUCUACCUGGCUUCCAGAGAGGUUCCGCCUCCUUUGCCCUUAACCUCCAGCUCAACUCCCAGAGGACUCAGACUCCACUGCUAGUCCCCUGCUGUGGUCCAAUGUUCAGGGGAAUUGUAUUCCUGCAGAUAAAAUUGUUGUUGUUUUUUUUCUCUUAUUGUGUGUCAUCAGUUUCCCAGCUUGCCUUGGCUUUGGUAGUAGAGGUGAAUGAGGGAGAAGGGUCUGUCCAAUUGCCCUGUCAGUACUCAGGUUUUAUACCUGAGUACAAUCCCACGGUGUUGUGGACCCGUGAUGAUCUGGAUCCAAAGUCUGUCCACAUACGACGAGAAGGAGGAGACGAUCUUAGAGGACAAAACCAGCUUUACAGCAGACGCACAUCAUUGAAGCCUGAUGCUCUUGACUCUUCAGACUUCAGCCUCACUCUGAGAAAACCAACAAAGACUGACAGCGGCAACUACACCUGCUCCAUCAGUGAUGGGAGAGAAGAACAGAGACUGAAAAACAUACAGCUGCAGGUCAAAGACCAGCAGGUGGAGGUGGGGGUGGAGGAAGGCUCAGAGUCCGUCCUCCUGCCCUGCAAAACAAAACCUGACCUGCCUGAGGACACAAGAGUGGAGUGGAAUCGCUCUGACCGAGAACUCAUGAUGGUCCAUGUGUAUCCAAAUAGAACCAACCUCCUUAAAAAACAGGACAACCUUUACAGAGAUCGAACAAAGAUGAACAAAGACCUGCUGAGAACUGGAGACCUCAGUCUGACCCUGAAAUACCCCACAGACUGGGACACAGGAGGAUACAUCUGCACCAUCUACAGGGACGGAGACAUCCUGAGACAGAAAGUCGUGCUGCAGGUCAAAGAACAGUUUCCAUCCUGGACUAUAGUUCUCCUUGUUCUCCUGGUUCUCCUGGUGGUUCUUGUGGUUUCUGGAAGUCUUUUUUUAGUUUACGGGGACUAUUUCAUGUCAGUUUAUAAGGUGGAGGUGGAUUCAGGGGUGGAGUCUGUCCAACUGAUCUGCAAAACCACAGUUUGUCUGCCUAAAGAUGCUAAAGUGGAGUGGAAGGUCUGUCAGGUGGAGGUGGAGGAGGGGGCGGAGUCUGUCCAGCUGCCCCUCAAAACCACACAAAACCUGUCUGAAGAUGCUGAAGUGUUGUGGUGGCAUUAUGAUCCUGUAUUGUUGGUCCACGUGUAUAAGAACGGCUCUGACCAGCCUCACAAACAGCACCAGGUUUACAGAGACCGAACGAAGAUGAAUGAAGACCUGCUGAAAACUGGAGACCUCAGUCUGACCCUG